GAGGACGGACAACUUUGUGUGUAGGACCACUAAAACGCCACUUCCUGUUAUUGGUAGUUGACAAGUUGGUAAAGCUAUCUUAGCCUUUACUGUCUGUGAUAUAAGCUGUUUCUGUAUUAAUGUUAAAAAGAAACACCUAAGAACUUCCGAGUAAGAACUUCCAAUGCGAGUCAGGGACGGAGAACAGUCCACCAUGGAAGAUGCGGUUCCCGUCGAUGCUGUUGGCAGACGAAUAGUCUGCGACGAGGAGCGGGCCACUGUGCGCUAUGUUGGCACAGUGACUGCAACAAAAGGCAUGUGGCUUGGCGUGGAGUGGGACAAUCCAGAACGAGGCAAACACGAUGGCUCCCACCAGGGUGUCGGGUACUUUACCUGCAGACACCCCACAGGGGGCUCGUUUGUGCGUCCCAAAAAGGCCAGCUUUGGGGUGGACUACCUGACGGCCCUGAGGCUGCGCUACGAGAAGGAGCGGGAGGGGGAGGAGAUCACCAUUUCCUCUCGGACACUGGAGAUGGUGGGCUUCCAGAAGCUCACCAAGGAGCAGAGGGUGGAAAACCUCAAAGAAGUGGCCCUUAGGCACUGCGAAAUUUGGGGUACUGCAUCUGGAACUGAAAUCAGAAAGACCACACCAGAUGUGGAGCUUCUGGAUCUUUCCCAAAACCUGCUAAGCUCGUGGGAAGCACUGGCGGCCAUUACAGAGCAGCUGAAGGAGCUAAGAACACUUCAGCUGGGGUACAACAGGCUGACGGUGCCCUCUGACUCUUCAACUUUGACCCAUGCCUUCCCCAACCUCAGGGUCCUGGCCCUCGCUGGCUGUGCCAUCACCUGGCCUGAGGUGCUGCAGUGUGCUUGUAUGUGGCCCCGUGUCGAGGAGCUCUACCUCAGUGAAAACAACAUCACUGAACUACAGCGGCCUGUUGAUGUUCUUCAGUCCUUGACCCAUCUAGAUCUUUCCAACAAUUCCAUAACUUCAGAAACACUGACAGAAAUAGGCCACCUCCCCCGGCUGGUUACACUAAAUCUCACAAAUACAGGCCUGACUGUUAUAGAGUUUAACGAUGUCCCACCAGGCUCCAAAACAGCUAUGUUCCCUGCACUGCAGAAACUGUCGCUAAUGGACAACAAGAUUGCAGAGUGGAGGGUGGUGAAUGAGCUGGAGAAGCUGGCAAGUCUGGUGCAUCUCAUACUACAGAGGAACCCGGUGAUGGACGGGGAGAGGAACCCACAGACCGCCCGCCAGCUCGUCAUCGCCCGCGUGGGGCAGCUCCUCCAGCUCACCGGCUCUGAGAUUCAUUCUACUGAUAGGCGGGGAGCAGAGCUGGACUACAUCAAGACGUUUGGGAUGCAGUGGCUGGCGUCUGGGGGACACUGGGAGCCAGAGAAGAACCACCCCAGCGCCGACUUCACCACACAGCACCCGCGCUACCUGACCCUCAUACAAAAGUAUGGAGCACCAGAGGAGUCUGAGCUGAAGCCUGAGAUACCCUUCGCUCUGAAGAACCAGCUGCUGACGCUGACGUUUGUCUGUCCUGAUGACAUGGACAGGAAGCCGAUCCAGAAGAAGCUCCCAUGUUCUAUGGUGGUCCAGAAAGUGAAGGGUCUGCUGCACAGACUGCUGAAGCUUCCAGGAGCGGAGCUACGGCUCAGCUACACCUGCUCACGGAUGGAGGGGAUUGAGAUUGAGAUAGACAAUGACCUGAAGACUAUGCAGUUUUACUCCGUAGAGGACGGGGACAGUGUCCUGGUGCGCUGGUCCUGACUGACCCCAGCUCACAUCACCGCUCUCCACACUCCUCUCAAAAAU